AUGGAGGAAUACACAGAAUCAAGCGAAUCCCCCUUCACUCCAAAGGCCACAAAUGAUGUUGUGGUUGUAGAGGAUGAAGAUGAAGAUGAAGAGGAAACCACAGCUAUGGAAGGAGUACAACCCAAAACGUCCCAAUUUGCUCCUAAGGCCAAAUUUGAUUCUCAGGAACCCAAUCCAUUCCAAUUGCAUAAAAGAGAUGACAAAUUUGUGCCAUCACAUCUUAAUGAAGAUAGAUACAUCGCACCUUCUCCAUAUAUUCCACCGAUUCCAUUUCCAGGCUGUUUGAAGAAAGCAAAUCAAGAUAUGGCUUUUAAGGAGAUUUAUGAUAUUUUGAGUAAAGUUAAUAUCAAUUUGCCCUUGCUUGAUGUUGUUAAACAGAUUCCUGCAUAUGAAAAGUUCAUCAAGAACUUGAUAACUCACAAGCUCAAUUUUGCUCCAAGUGAAGAAGUAAAGCUCAACAACAAUGUGACUGCUGUGUUGCAAAGGAAGCUUCCACCAAAACUUGAAGAUCCUGGCAGCUUUGACAUUCCCAUUAACAUCAGAGAUAAGAAGGUUGGAAGAGCCAUGUUGGACUUGGGAGCAAGCAUCAAUGUAAUGCCAUAUUCAGUUUAUCAGGAGCUUGGCUUAGAAGGGAUAAAGAAAACCUCAAUUCGUCUUGAACUAGUUGAUCAUUCUAUCAAAUAUCCAAAAGUGAUGGAUAUGGAGGAUAACCCAUAUGGAGACCGUGUUGAUCCCAUUCUCCUCGAGCGACCAUUCAUGGCCACUGCAGACACAAUCAUCAAAGUGAAAGAUGGCACCCUCUCCAUGACUGUUGUAGUGAAAAAGUCUAAUGAUGCUCUAGAAGCUGUUCUAACACAAGAAGAGAAAGAUCUCUAUGAACCAGAGUUCCAAGAAGUGAUGGUUGCCUUAGAAGUGUUUAAGCCAUACCCACCAUCUUUUAGGCCACCACUCGAGCCUCUUGGACCAUCCUCCACAAAAUUGGAGCCAUCCAUUAUCACCCCGCCAAAGCUAGAACUUAAACCUCUACCCAAUCAUCUUAAAUAUACUUAUUCGGGUGCUAAUGAAACUCUUCCUGUUAUAAUUUCUACAGGUCUCACCUCACAUGAAGAAGACAGCUUAAUUGAAGUUCUAAAAGAGUAUAAAACAGCCCUUGGAUGGACCAUAGCAGACAUCAAAGGAAUUAGUCCAAGCAUGUGCAUGCACCGAAUUUUAAUGGAAAAAGACAGCAAACCAUCUCGUGAUGCACAAAGGAGGCUAAAUCCCAACAUCAAAGAGGUGGUUAGGGCUGAAGUUUUAAAGCUACUUGAUGUGGGAAUCAUCUACCCAAUUUCAUAUUCUAAGUGGGUGAGUCCUGUGCAAGUUGUUCCAAAGAAGUCUGGAAUCACCGUUGUAAAGAAUGAGAAGAAUGAGCUAGUUCCAACAUGA